AGUAGCUUUGGAGCGCGAGAGAGCCAUGAGUUGGACCUGUCCGCGCUGCCAGCAGCCUGUGUUCUUCGCUGAAAAGGUGAGCUCCCUGGGUCAGAAUUGGCAUCGAUUCUGCCUGAAAUGUGAGCGCUGCCACAAUGUCCUAGCUGCGGGUGGACACGCUGAGCAUAAUGGAAAGCCAUAUUGUCACAAACCAUGUUAUGCAGUUCUCUUUGGACCCCAAGGAAUCAAAAUUGGUGGGGUGGGCUCCUACAUGGAAGAUCCUCCCCAUCCUCCAACCCCCAUCACCACCAUGCCCUUGACCGCUGGCAGCUUCAGUCCACCUAGAAGCAGGACAGGCCUCCCUCAGGCCAAGAGGGCAAGGAGGAGCCCAACACAGGUGAAGACAUAUGCUGGGGAGACGUCUCUGUGUCCUGGCUGUGGAAACCCUGUUUACUUUGCUGAGAAGGUGAUGUCCCUGGGCAGGAACUGGCAUCGGCCCUGUCUCCGAUGCCAGCGCUGCCGUAAGACCCUAACGGCAGGAAGCCACGCAGAGCAUGAUGGUUUCCCGUACUGCCACAUCCCUUGCUACGGAUACCUGUUUGGGCCCAAAGGUGUGAACAUUGGAGACGUGGGCUGCUACAUCUAUGACUCCAUAGAGCUGAAAUCUGAUUGAGAAGCUAACAGGAAUAUGUUUGGCCUGUCCUGGGUCCCUCCCAGGCUCCCCCUAUCUCCCAGGUUGAUCAAGAGGGUCAGAGAUUUCCAGCCUUUUCGGUUGGACAGGGGUCGGUGUUCCAAGUAGCUUCCAGGCUUCGCUCCCCAUUCCCUACCCUGCUUGGUGGCUUACGUGUAUCCCCUGCGUCCCAUGAUGGAGGGAUGAGGGGUGGCGGUACAGGGAGGAGGGAGAGGCUUCAGAGCAACCUAAGUUCACGAGGAAGAAUUGGGGAGGAGGGGAGUCAUGCAGGGGCUUCCCUGGUGGCAGUGCCUGCCAUCUCCUCCCUCCAGUGACAUCAAGGACUGGCCACCUUUCUCCAUGGAUGUCCCUGUGCUUUUACCUUCUCCUCUCCCUUCCUUGAAGUGCACCCAAUAAAAGAGUUUGCUCCUUUGA